AUGGCUUCUGUUAGCGCGUCCGAAGAAUUCGAUGUGGAACUUUUCGAAACGCGCUUGGAAGGUCUCAAAGACACACAGGAUGGUAUACAGCAAAUGUCAGCGUGGUGUUUGAAGCAGCGUGCCCAUCAUAAGAAAAUCGUUGCCUGUUGGCUAAAUGUUUUCAAGAGAGUUCGCGUUGAACAUCGUUUGGUUCUAUUCUAUUUGGCCAAUGAUGUCAUUCAGUACAGUAAAAGAAAACGUUUGGAAUUCGUUGAAAGUUGGGCUACAGCUCUACAAAAGGCAACGACAAUGGUUAGAGAUGAAAAAGUCAAAAAUAAAAUUCUGCGAAUAUUUAGUAUUUGGGAACAACGUGAAAUUUACAAUGAAGAAUUUCUUACAGACCUAUGUGGCCUCUUGAAUAUUGCACCGCCAAAGAAAGCCCAUUCAACCAUUGCCGAUUCGGAGGAUUUUCAAAAUGCCAGUCUUAUAACAAGCAUUCGAGAAUGUGUUGAGUUAUCUGAACUGACCGAUAAAAGCUUUAAGAAAAUGCCAAAAGCCCCAAAUUGUGAUAUAGAAAAUAUCAAACAACAUUUAAAGGAUAAAAGUCAUUCGGAUGAUGUUGAAAAGGAAUUGGAACGUUAUGCAGCCUAUAUAGAGACAUUUAAUAAAAAUUUACAAGCUGAAAUAAAAAGUCGUAAAAAUGUUUUAGCCAAUUUGGAUACGGCUGUUAAAUUCUAUGCCAAUCAAAGGGGAGAAGUUAAAGUUGUUGUUAGUGCCUAUAAAAAUUUUGGCAGUCGCAUAAAAUUGGUUAAAAAGAAACUAGAUGAAAUAACACCAACUUUACCCAGCCCCAUACCUUCACCGGAUAUAAAUGCACCGUCACCGGAGCCAGAUGCUGAUUUACAGCUACCAGAUGAUCAAUCGCCAAUAUCAAUGAGUUUUUUCAAAAAUAUGAAUGGCUAUAGCAGCUAUUUGGAUGGAAAUUUGCCUUUUGAUAUAAAUGAUUUCAAGUCUGAUGAAAACCCAUCCAAAACCUCAAGCCAACCCAUCGAGGUAAUUGGUUCAAGAUCUGAUGAUGAAAAUUUCAAUUCAAAUACGGAAUAUUACAAACCUGAAUCGAUAAGUGCUUACCCGGGAAAUGAGAAUGUAAUGAUACCGGGUUUAAAUCCCAUGCCUGUACCAUCGGGCGGUUAUACAUCAUUGGCACGAUCCUCCCAACAAUACAGUGAUGUUUUACCUCCACCACCAAAUCCUCCGCUAUUCGGUACCCCCAAUAUUAUGACAAAUAAUAUACAUCCGAAUAUGAAUUCUGGAUACGCGCCAAUGAAUGCCCGUUCAUAUAACAGUAAUGAUAGUUAUGAUCCGAAUGCAUAUAAUCGAAUACCGACUGGUCCACCUGUUGGUCGGCCUGGUGUAGCGGCUGGAAAUCCACAACCUCUGAUGCCACCACCACCAAUGCCACCUGCUAUGGGAUCUAUUGAUGCCACCGAAAAUGGUGGUGGCGGCGGUGGUAGUAAUUUCAAUUCGGGCUGGGGGGAUAUGGGUAUGUCAUGGAACAAUCCUAUGGAUAGUUCGAGUGCAUCAACAUCAUCAUAUGGUAAUACACCAAUAGAUACACCACUAUCACCGCCUCAUUUCGAUGUAGAUCCUCAUAAUGCCAGUACAGCAACGCUAGAGUAUACAGAACAUGAUGGAAGCUUGUCAUCAGCUCAAGAUGUUGAUCAUCGCCAGCUACAUUUACCCGCUUUUGGUAUUGGUCCCAAAUUAGGACUGAGUAAAGAAAAAACCCGUCAAUUGGAUAUUGAUCAUCGAAAUCUAAUAUCAUUAACUGGUUCACCGGGCGCAAAUGAUAAUGAUAAGAAAUCCUGGUAUCAAUCUAAUAAUGAGGCAACUAGCGAUGUUGAUUACCGUAUACUUGGGCAAGCUAUUAAAACAAUUGAAACAACAAUACUGCCUGCCGCUUUCAAUGAUACCUCCUCAAUAUCAUCGGUAUCUGCUGAUGAGUCUGGAAAUGUAUAUCUCCAAUGCCCCUCGAAAGAAUCCCUAAAAGAUGUAGCAGGUUUACAACAGCAACAAAAAACCGAUGGCGAUGGUGGAGGUACGGGUGGUUAUGAUCCAACAGACAUGGUGGUUGAUAUGGAUAUGUCUGAUGAGGAUCUAGAUGAUAUAUUUAGAGAGGUUCAUGAACAAAUGGCAGAACAAUCAGCAGAAAAUAAUAAAGAUGGCGUCAAUAGUGACACAAAUGGUGGUGGAGAUGUCGAAGCUGGCGAGGUGGCGGACGGUAAUGUUCCAUAUCAAAGGCCACCACUGCUUGAAACACCGGCAGAAUAUGAUCCGCAAACAAAUUGGGAUUGUCAAGAUUGGCCUCAGCAAAUGUCCGCCAUGGCAUGGCAAAAUAACAAUCGUGGAGGUUUGGCCGCCGGUGGACCACAUGGAGUGCCGCCACCACCCAGACCGCCUUAUGGUAUGCAAUUUCCGUAUGGUGGUAUGACUGGAAAUGAUAAUCCGUUUGCUGUGCCAAGUGGUAGUCCGGCACGUGGCGGUUUUGCUGCAGCGGGUGGUGGUCGUGGGCGAGGUGGUGCAUGGGACGGUUCACCACAAAAUCAAUUUCGUAAUUUCCCUCGGCCGCCACGAGGCGGUGGUUCGCCAUUCUUCAAUCGUGGUGGUCGUGGAAAUCGUGGCGGUGCCGGUGGCAGCCCCAUGAUGAUGCGUGGCAGUCCUGGACAAGGUUUUCGCGGCAAAUUUCGUGGAAAAAACAAUUGGAUUUAAAUUCACAACAAAA